AUGAAACUUUCGAUACUAGCAAUCCACACACUCUCUCAUUAUUCACAACCCCAAACCAACCUGGAUUUCACACAAAAUGCUUAUCAAUAUUGCUUGGAAUUUGGUAGAUUUUCCGGUUUUGCAAUUAGGAAAAAAGGAGUAGUAAAGAAUGAUGAUGGCUCUAAUGUAUGGACUGUGAAUUUUCUGGAAAGAAGCCGUACCAAGUGA